AUGUCUCUGACAGCAGAGCUAUUUGGUUCAACCGCCCCAUCGUCAUCGGCGGCAGCGGCAAAAUCAAAUGAAAAUAAUGGUGGUGAAUCUACAAGUAAAGCCAUUUCGUUUGAACCAACAAAAAAGGCUUCCUUUGAUCUUUUCGCAUUAGCACCACAAGUGAAGAAAGCUUCUCGUAAAGAAAAACAACGUCUUCGUGUGAUUGAGAAUGCGAAAACGAACAAGGGUGAUCAGGGUGUUGGGGAAUCAGAAAAGGAAAGUAUCUUCGCCACAGUGCUUCUUGAUGAUGAUAAAGAUAAGAUGGAUGGAGCAGAGAAAAAUGGGUCUAAACGGAAAAAGCAUCUACGUCAUGCACUUCACAAAAAUGAAGAAGAAGAAUCUCGUACAGUAUUUCUUGGGAAUCUUGUAAAUGAUGUUAAGAAACGGACGAUAGAAAAAAUAUUUAAAAACUGUGGUACAAUUGAAUGUGUCCGCAUUCGUGCUCAAGCUCUUGAGGAAGAAGAAGAUGGACCUAGUAAACAUAAUAAUAACAGUAAUAAUAAUAAAAAACAGAAGAAAGGCGUUGGUCGUGCCAUACGUAUCCUUCGUGGAGAAAUUAAAAAAGGUGAUGAGUACAGUGCAGUGGCAUAUGUUUUAUUUAAAGACAAAUCAUCUGUUGCGAAGGCUCUUGAAAAGAAUGGUAUCAUUGUAGAAGGUCGUCAUAUUGUUGUUACUACUAUGGAUGCUGAAAGCACCGCCUACGCACCCGAUACAUCUGUGUUUAUUGGAAAUAUUGCAUAUGAUACGAAUGAAGAGAUGGUGUGGAAUUUUUUCAUGGACAAAGGUGUCUCUGAUGUAAAGCGUGUACGUUUGGUUCGAGACCGUGAAACUGGGAAAUGCAAGGGAUUUGGUUACGUAGAGUUUCAUCACACUUCAUCCGUGCCGAAAGCCAUCGCCGUGCGGGGAAGUUUACUCAACGGCCGUGAAGUGAGAAUUGUGCAUGUGCAGAAGUCCAAGGCACUUGGUGCCAUUCAAGUAAGUAGGAGGGAAAAGCGAAAGCGUGAGGAACAGGCUGGCUAUGGUAAUAAUGGGAAAGGUGGCGGCAAGAAUGAGAGUAGAAAUAAUAAUAAUAAUAAUAAUAAUAAUAAUAAUAAUAAUAAUAAUAAUAAUAAUAAUAAUAAUAAGAGAUCCCGCAGAGAAGAAAAGGGGAACUCUACUCGAGAAGCUGGUGGUGAUGAUCAACCCUCGUGGAUGGGCGUCGUGACAAAUCCCCGCAAAAAGAUACCGAAGGAUCUCCGGCCGUUGGUGGAAGGAAAAAAGGCCCGCACGCCUUCAGGCCCGCGAGCCCCAGUGAAGCGUAAAAUGCGCAAUCCAGAGAAGUAA